CGAAACGAGUAGCGGAUGUAAUGCUUAUAAGGUGGCGAUCACGCGCAGAAACAGAUGCUCAUGACGUUAAGACGCGUGACGUAACGCAACGGCGUCCCUGCUUCAAAUCUUCUGCCACAACUCGGCGAUACCGUAACCAGAAGACUGGCCGAGCGGUCGCCAGUCCACGUGCCUCCACUAGUCACAAACUACUUCCUAGUACGCAUGCGCAUUUUUCAUUCGACUAGCGGUAUAAACCGGAUCGUCGCCUUCCUUUACUAUCUUCUUUUUUUCUCUCCCUCCCUCCUUUUUUUUUUGACGUGCCUCCUAAGCGGAAGUACUGUAACCGCCUGAAAGCCUCUCGCGUCCCUUAAUAGUAGCAGCGAAGUGGACACCAAUACAGGCCUUGAGACGACAUUGACCUUCACUCGCUAUUGCUUUCUCACCACUCUUUCUUUUUUUGGCGCGUGUUUCUCGUGCGGAUUAUGCGAUAACUCUCCGGAGUCAUGCGGCGGCCGGUCAUUUGACACCGACCACUGCACGAGGCCACAGCUGUCCCGUCAUGGCUUCAGCUCGCGGUUCCAGCCUUCUCAUUUUUCUGGCGGCACCGAUGCUUGGCACGUGCCAGCUUAAGCUAAAUGGCGGCUGUAAGGUGGAAACCUUGCGAGCUUGUGGCGAAGACUACAUUCCAUAUACGAAAAGCCCGCGCCUACACGAGUCCGGGGAUGAGUUCGACGAAGGAUGCAAGAGGGACAAGCUGCAAAUCCCGUGCACGCUGAAGUUCAUCACUGACUGCACGGAGGGCCUCUCCCGUGCCGCGGCACUCGUAGCAGUGGAGGCGCUGGAGGAGAACGUCGAGGCUAUCUGCAACGUGGGCUCGGACCCAUACAAAGAGUACCAAAGAGGCAUCAAAUGCAUGAACGGUCAUGGCGAAAAAAUCCACAAGUGCUUCAAGGGCUUCCAAAGUCGUCUGGAACGGGCCAUCGUCAAGGGUCCAGGCAAUGAAGUUAUUCAUUACGCGUGCUGCUCGCAUCAUGAAACAAUCGACUGCGUAUCCAACGCUCUGGCGUCAUGCGAGAGCGUCGGCUCCAAGGAUUUCAUGCUCGGAGUCAUCGAGCAGAUGUUCGGUGAGACCCUCGACCUGGUCUGCGGUAGCUACACGAAGGGUUCGGCAGGCUGCAGGGCCUUGCCGAAGUUGCCGGAGCUUGGCAACAAAGAUCGGCGGAUCGGCAACCUGAUUGAGCUCCUCUUGGAAGCAGCUGGCAGGGUUGGAAGUAAAAGCUAGCCCCGUUACACAACAUGCUUUAUCCCCGCCUGAUGGUGGGUGGGCGGCGAGAACGAGGCAAGAUGACGAGUUAGGCGACAACUUGUGCCCGCUUUCCUCCGAAUGACUGGGAAUUGCAACGCAAGGGCCUGCGGCUGUGUUUAAACGUUGCAACACACCCUUUAAACCAAACGUUCAUACACGUUGAUUUCGCACCUCAGAGUUACGCGAGAGAUCCAGCCUUCUUUAGGAAAGGUGAUCUCACUCGUUCAUUAAAGGAAACAUUCUGUUAUUC